AUGAUGAUGCCGCCGCCGCCGCGCACGCCGUCCUCCCUCCGUGACCUGCUCGCGCGGGAGCGCGUCGACGAGGACGACGACGACGCGCCGCAGCUGGCUCCGCGCUGCGCCACCGCCCGGUCGCCCCAGCGCCCCCGCGGCGCGUCGUCGAGGUCGAGGUCGUGCAGGCACGCGUCGCCGCCACCGCCGCCGCCGCUGGCCACGACCACGACGACGAGGGAGGAGGAGGGGGAGGCCGCUGCCGCCGGCGCAGUGGUGGCCGUGCUGUCCGCGUACGCCGGGAGGCUGCUGAGGGACGCGGACUUCAGGCGGGCGCUCCGCGACAAGUGCACCGCGUGCCUCGCGCCCGCCGCCGCGGGCGGCGACGACGCGGCGGGCCGCCCCGUGCUGGCCAACCUCGAGCUCGGAAUCGAGAGCAUCGAGCGCCUCGCCGCCGACAACGGCUCCGCCUCCGCGCAGGCACAGGCGCAGGCGCCGCGCGACGCCAAGAUCCGCUCGCUCCGCAACUCCAUCCGCCUCCUCAGCGUCGUCGCGUCGCUCCACUCGCCGCGCCCCGGCGCCGCGGGGGACGGCGGCGGCCGCACCUGCGGGGUGCCCAACUCCCACCUCGCCGCCUGCGCGCAGCUCUACCUCGCCGUCGUCUACAAGAUGGAGCGCAACGACCGCGUCGCCGCGCGCCACCUCAUGCAGGUGUUCGCCGACGCGCCCGGCCUGGCGCGCAGGGACCUCCUCCCGGACCUCUGGGACCACGUCUUCCUGCCCCACCUGCUCCACCUCAAGGUCUGGCUCACCAAGGAGGUCGACCUCGUCGCUGACUGGGACGCCGACGACCGGUGCAGGAGGAUGAAGACCGUGCAGAGGCUCUACAACGAUCACAUGGACAGUGGCACGGCGCAGUUUGCCAUGUACUACAAGGAGUGGCUCAAGUCAGGUGCCGCCGCGCCGCCUCCGGUCCCCUCGGUGCCAUUGCCUUCCAUGCCCAGGAAUUUUGAUGGGCGCGAGAAGAACUCGGCUUCGGUGCACAGGACCUCCAUCAAUAGAGACCUGUAUAAUGCGGUUUUCGGGACAGCUCCCGGGCAAGAAGAUGUCAAAGAUGCAAAGCUGGACGAUGAGACUGGACUAGUUCUGGAUUUGGAUGUCGAAUUGGAUCAUAAUUCUGUGGGCCUGAAGACAGAGAAGCUUGCUCAUAGUAAAAUGGGGCUCCAGGAAAAGCAUUCCCACUCUCGGAAAGAAGGUGCUAUUCUAGAAACAACACCUACACAACGGAAAUCAUAUUCUUUUCGAUUAUUCUCCUGUCAAGGUGAUAUAAGCAAGAAUGUUAUCAAUCAUCCCAAAAUAGCAAAAAAGGAACUUGUGUCGGCCGAGAAAGAGCUAGACAGCAGUGAGCUAACAAUGACUCUGGAACGAGCAAUUUCCGUGGUAUCCAAUUCGGACAGCCUUAGGCAAUGCGAGGAUGCUGUGCAUGAAGUUGCCAGAGCAUGUUCAACCUCGCAAGGGGACCCAAAUUUUGUAAACUUGCUGUCAUGUGCCUCUUUUAUUCAAGGUCUUCUCGAAGUUACAUUCACCUCCAAAGACGAUGCUGUACUGGAGUCAGCUAUAUCGAUAAUGGGAAAGUUGGUUUUGGGGAAUGAGGUGAUUAGACAGCUUGUGCUCAAUGCAGAUCCACAGCUCGAGGUUUUCUUAAGACUCCUGAGAAGCAACGAGUUGUUCCUGAAGGCAGCUGUAGUGCUUUAUAUGAUGAAGCCUAAAGCUAAGCAGAUGCUAUCAUUAGACUGGAUUCCGCUUGUACUGCACAUAUUGGAGUGUGGCGAUGAGGUGCAAUCUCUGUUUUCUGUAAAAUGCGCCCCAAAAAUAGCUGCAUUCUAUUUUCUAGAUCAGCUCCUUAUGGGGUUUGAUGUUGACAGAAACAUUGAGAAUGCGAAGCAGAUGAUUGCUCUCGGUGGUUUGGACCUCCUUAUCAGCAGGCUCGAAGCUGGCGAUGCUCGCGAGAGCAGACACUGCAUUGCUCUCUUGACCACAUGUAUUCAAGCUGACGGCAGUUGUAGACACUACUUAGCUGAUAAUCUGAAUAAGGAGCCUCUUGUUCAACUUCUUGUUGGAAAUCAGAAGAAAGCUAGUGCUGCGUCCCUUAAUUUGAUGAGUGAACUCGUCUGCCUUAAUAGAACAACCAAAACUGUGGAGUUCGUCAAGGAGCUGAAAAACACUGGGUGCUUGAAUACAAUGCAUAUUCUGUUAGUCUAUCUCCAGCAGGCUCCUCUUGUCCAGCACCCACUAGCAGCUAUCAUGUUACUUCAGCUUGAUCUCCUGGGUGAUCCUUUGCAGUACAGCGUAUACAGAGAGGAAGCGAUUGAAGCCAUCAUAGCUGCUUUGGAGCACAGUUCACAGAGCAGAAAGGUCCAGGAACAGUGUGCUCGAGCUCUUUUAAUCUUGGCAGGGCGGUUUUCGUCUUCAGGAGAACCCGUAGCAGAAGCAUGGCUACUAAAGAGAGCAGGCCUAGAUGAUUCCCUCUCUGAAUCCUUUAGGAGAUCGGAAAUAUUCAAAGAUAAGAGUGUUCGAGCGGAAGAAGAAAAGCUAGUUGAAGAACGGCUGAAGAAACUUGCCAUAAUGUUACUGAAGAGUGGUGGCAAAAGGUUCCUCAUGGCACUGUCAAACUGCAUAUCUGAUGGAAUCCCAAGUCUCAGUCGAUCAUGCCUCAUCACUGUAGCAUGGAUGAGCAGCUCCCUCUCACCACUCCGUGGAUGCAACGAUUUCCAGCCUCUAGCAUGCUCCAUUCUCGCGUCUAAGCUUUUAGAUAGCUUAAGCUAUGACACAGUUUUGGAGGAGAGGGUACUUGCUUCGCUGUCACUGCUGAACAUUGUGAGACAUCCAGAAUGCAUGGAGAAGGUUUUCCCACUGAAUAAAGAAACCAUCGAGUCACUCCAAGAUCUUGCGGAGGUGACGUGGACCGCAAAGGAGCUCCUCUUUGCCUGCUGCCGAUAA